GUCUCCCGGAAGUGGAUAGAGUGUCGCUCGUGCUGCAGCCUAGUUGUGUUUCCUGUUUACGGGCGGGAAGAGUGAACCUGCGCCUCAGCCUGUCCUGCAACAGAGCUCAUUUUCAUCUCUUCAUUUUCCUGCGCGCCUCAGGAUUAUUUUACAGCUAUUUACUACUUUUAUUAACUUUCCUCAAGCGCUUCCUGCGGCUCUCUGACUGAAGUUUAAAGCCCUGAUGGAGGAGCCUGCAGACUCUGGCGGCGGUGCGGCAGCAGAGGGCCCCGUGGUGCAGGUGACGGAGAUCCGCUGCCCCGCAGGAGCGCGUCCCCUGCGGCUGCUCGAGUGGAAGGUGAAACUCGGAGCUCUGGUCAACGUUGACUCCGUGAUCGCGGUAUGUGCGCCGAUCCCCGCCGAAAGCGAGUCCAGAGCGCCCGAGAAGAAGCUCAAGUCGGACCGCGCUGGAGUUGUGCGGGAACUGUGCUGUCAGCUCGGACAGGUCAUCGCGCCUGGAACUGUGAUAGCCAAGGUGGAAGAAUGCAGUCAUCCCAUUGUAAUGAAGGGCUUGUGUGCAGAAUGUGGCCAGGAUUUAACUCAAAUGCAGAGCAAGAACGGAAAGCAGCAGGCGCCCAUCUCUACCGCGACCGUUUCCAUGGUGCACAGUGUCCCCGAGCUGAUGGUCAGCUCAGAGCAAGCGGAGCAGAUUGGCCGAGAGGACCAGCAAAGACUUCACAGGAACAGGAAGUUAGUGCUGAUGGUGGAUCUGGACCAAACGCUGAUCCACACCACUGAGCAGAACUGCCAGCGAAUGUCCAACAAGGGAAUCUUUCAUUUCCAGCUAGGACGAGGGGAACCUAUGCUUCACACACGACUGAGACCUCACUGCAAAGACUUUCUAGAAAAGAUCGCCAAACUCUUUGAGCUGCACGUCUUCACCUUCGGCAGCCGUUUGUACGCUCACACUAUUGCAGGUUUUUUAGACCCAGAAAAGAAGCUCUUCUCUCAUCGGAUCUUGUCCAGAGAUGAAUGCAUAGAUCCCUUCUCUAAGACAGGAAACCUCAGAAAUUUGUUCCCCUGCGGAGACUCCAUGGUGUGCAUCAUAGACGAUAGAGAAGAUGUAUGGAAGUUUGCCCCCAACCUCAUCACGGUGAAAAAGUACAUCUACUUCCAGGGCACUGGUGACAUCAACGCCCCGCCAGGCUCACGAGAGGCUCAGAUGGCCAGAAAAGGUAAUCAGGCCGGACGGACUGUGGAAGGCACAGAGUCGGGACAGGAGGAACAGAGAAAUGGCCUUAGAAAAUCCAGCAAGGAUCGUAAAACUGGGCACGAGGAAUCGUCCACUUCUUCCACUGCCACUCAGGGAGCUUCAGCCAAUGAAAGGACUCACCCCACAGGGGAACAGCCCAAUGAGAGCACUGAUUCAGGUGACAAAUGUACUGUGAAAACAGAGGCAGAGGGAAGCUCAGGUGUGUCAUGUAUCUCAGGUGAAACUGACAUCCCAAAUGCUGCUCCUGAUGCUGCUGCUGCCAACGACCUGGAUUUUGACCUUUCUAGCGACAGCGAAAGCGAGGGUAAAAUGGGAUUAUCUGACAGCGAUGGCGAGGGAAAGACAGCGGACACUGGGAAACCCAAACAAAGAAAAAAUGAGGAGUGUAAAAGCAAAGAGGAUGAUGGAGACAAACAGAGGACAGAGGGGGGUGAUGGUCCAGAAAAGGAUCCUGAGGGUCUCGGUGAUUUGGGCAAUGGCUGUUCCGACAAAAAGGAAGUGGAAACUGAGUCUCAAAACAGCGAACAGUCAGGUGUGACUAUGGGUGAGGAGUCUUUAGAUCACAGUAUGGAGGAUGAUGAGGAAGAGGAAGACAUAGACCAGGACGACCACCUCAUUUACUUGGAGGAGAUUUUAGUUCGCAUUCACAAUGAGUAUUUCUCACGUUACGAGGCCUUCCUUAAGAAAGAGAGUUCAGAAAGUCCGGAUAUACGCAAAAUAGUUCCUGAACUGAAGGGCCGUACACUAGCGGGCACCACAGUCAUUUUCAGUGGCCUGUAUCCCACCAACUACCCAAUGGAGCGCACCAGAGAGUGGUAUCAUGGCAAGGCACUGGGUGCCAAACUUUGCAAGACCCUGGUGCUCAAUGCCAAAGACCCCACCUCAUUGACCACCCACCUCAUUGCUGCUCGCGCAGGUACAGAGAAAGUUCGUCAAGCUCAGGGUUGUAAACAUCUCCAUGUGGUGAAUCCUGAUUGGUUGUGGGCUUGUUUGGAGCGCUGGGAGCGAGUAGAGGAGCAACUCUUUCCUCUCAAAGAGGACUAUAACAAAUCCCACAGGAGCAACAGUCCCGGUGCAUUUCUGGACAUCCAUGGGUCUGCCCCGAGGCCUUUCUUCCAGGCCCCUCAAGUUCAGCCUAAGCCACUGCCAGCACCCGAAAUGCGGACCUAUGACCCCGUCACUGGCAAACUGAUCCGCCGUGGCCCCCAGGCCUCCCGCCCACCCUCUUACCUUCACUCGCAGCCUUCAUCAUCCAUGUCGGCCAAGGGUGAUCUCUCAAACCUCAGGUCAGCUCAGGGGUCUCCGCAGACGGAUGAGCCUGCAGGAUCAAGUCCAGACGAUGAGCAGCCCGGACCCUCGCGAAGAAAACGACAGCCCAGCAUGUCAGAAACCAUGCCGCUCUACACACUCUGUAAAGAAGACCUGGAGAGCAUGGACAAAGAGGUGGAUGACAUCCUUGGAGAAGAGAGUGAUAAUGAAAGCGAUGGGAAAGGGAAAGAGGAGAGGAUGGAGGAGGAAGAGGAGGAAGUUCGGCCCCACACGAGCAAGCAGAAGCCUCCCGCAACCGAUCACAUCCCACCAUUGGCAGUUGUUGUGGAGGAAACAUCCCAAACGUCCACCAGCGAAGUCUGCGUAACGGAGAAUGUGCUCAGGGGCCAUAAAAGAAAACUGGAGGAGGCCAGAGAGAAUGAAGAUAAGGAUGAGGAGGAUGGCGACUCCAGUAAAGACUCCAAUGAAGAUGAGGAGGGCAGCAGUUCAGAGGCCGAUGAAAUGGCUGCUGCGCUGGAGGCGGAGCUAAAUGACUUCAUGUGAGCUGAUUGGGCGACGAUGCAAAUGAACUAAUGUGUUCUCAAGAGGUACCUGAGACAAAACAUGCAUUUUUGUCGCUGUUAUACAGCGCAUAUAAAUGUGUGCGUGUGUGUGUGUGUGUGUGAGUGAAAACAAAAAGGUUUACAAAAUAGAUAGUUAUGUACAAACUUGUACAGAGUUUUAGUAGAACAAGUCCAACACAAAUUUGUUUUAUUGUGAAUUUACAGUACAUAGCGGUGUGGGAAGUAGAGCUUCUGUGUCUGAUUGAUCUUAUUUUGUUCCAGUUCCGAAACUCAUUUUUAUGUCAAUGUAAAUGAAAAGACAUAUUUCCGCUAAUUGGUGACGAAUGCCAAAGAGUCUGAAGUGGGCUUGCAGAUGAGACCUGUGAGCAACAGAAGAUGUUUAGGGGUCCUCACCAGCAGUCAAACUCAGACGUCCCAAUGUGUCCUGUCAUCUAUUUUCUUUCCUUUUUGUUUUGUGCGUCAUCCAGUACCACUGAUGCCCCUGUGUGACUGACACUGUGCUGCACCAAUCCCAGAACACCAGCACCCUUAGACACGCCCACAGCCAUUAUUACCAUAACACAGCGAACAAGAUUGGUGUUGUUUUUGCAUGUUAAAGGAAAAGUUCACAAGGAAAUGUGGUGUAUAAUUCUGUCAUCAUUUACUCAUGCUUAUGUUAGAAAUCUACAUAAUGAGAUGCAUAUCGAGAUGGACUGUUGUUUUUCAUACAGUGAACAUUAAUAUUGAAGAGUGAAAAAGAACCUUAUUAUGACAAAUACCCAUAUUUUAAAGCCAUACAAGAGAUUUAUUUGAGAAAAGUCAUUGUUUACUACAAUUCUGCGACUUUUGUUGUGGAUUUGACAUCAUUUGGUCAAUAGCCAUCAAUUAUAAUGUUAGUUCACCAUUUUUAUAAUCCAUUUAACUUCCACUUCUUCUACUUGACUUCUGUUUAUCGUAUAUAAAAAUGUGUGGUUCUGACCAUUAGAAAGUAUUUUCAUGAAUCACAUGGGCCACUUACAUUUUUUUGUUGUUGUUUUUCUAGCAGUUUGACAUAAAUCACUAUCUAAUUUCGUUGUCGAUAAAAGGGCUGCUCAGACAUUUAAGGAUUUUCAAUUUCGUUUCACAAAAAACAGGAAAUAACACUUUGGAUUGGCAUGAAGGGCAGUAAAUGAUGACAGAUUUGUUGUGUUUCUGUGAACUGGUCCUGGAACUGUCAAAACUUCUGUUGGUGUUUUUUUUUUUUUUCAAA